AUCGAUUUUCGGAUAAACUCCAAAAAUGUUCCGCAAGUUCGAAAAUGAGAGCGAACGACCGAGUCCAGUGCAGGAGCGACAUGAUUUCGAUCAAACCAGGCGCUUGCAGGAGUCGCCUUUCCGCGUGAGUGUCGUACACAGCUCCCGAGGGUUGAUUCCCAUUGUGAAAUUCGACGGCUCGUUGUACAUUCCCUCAUUGUGUGUGUCGAGACUUGUCGAUCUCGAUCAUGACCAGAUCGUUCAACGCAUAGAGCAAAUGAAUAUCGAGGUCCGCUUCCAACUCUGUAUCCCGGACCACCAUGGAGCCCACUCAAAGCUCCGGGAGUGCCUAUCGACCAUAGGGAUACUUGUGAAUCCCGAAGAGAUGAUUCGCCUCAUACCAAUCACAGCUGCCAUCCGUAUCCUCAACGGAACCUUACAGAACGUCACUAUCGUGGAGGAAGUUGAGGGUUCCAUGUAGUGCAAGCCUCCAAAAAAAGGGAGCUGAUUCCAACUAUAAAAUCACAAAAUCAAGAGCCGUGACAAAAUCGUCCGAUGGAGAGGCUAAGGUCUCGAGUUCAGAGAGACCGAUUGUUUCACCACCCGGCUCGGAAAUGUUUUCAUAUCCGGCGCGCAGAAGCGCAGGUACUGUGGUACGAGUGGAUAAAAUAAAAGUACGGUGAUGGAUCGAGGAGGGCUCCUCGAUCUGAUAAAAAUAAA